AUGUUUAGAACUAUAUUAAAUAAAUUAAAUCCAGUCGAGCUAACAUGCGGAUUCCACACUACAGCCUGCUUGAAUGAAGUUAGGCUACUUACAAGGCUUCGUGUUGUUGAUAACUCUGAAAUCGGAAUGCGAGCCAUGGCCGAAGGAAAACCUCCGAAAGUAAUUUGUGUAUACAACAAACAACGUGUCGGUUUUAUUGGUGACAGAGUAAUGGUAGCUAUCAAAGGGCAAAAGAAGAAAGGCAUUCUUGUAGGUCUCAAGCAAACACAAAAGGUCAAAGUACCAAAGUUCGACAGCAACAACAUAGUUUUAAUAGAUGACAAUGGAACACCUCUAGGAACCAGAAUACAUGUACCCAUACCAACUAUCCUCCGAACAAUUUUGAAAGAGAAAACUCAUUCUAAAGGAGCUGAUUACACAAAACUACUGGCCAUAGCCACCAAAUUUGUUUAAUUUCUAGGUACAUAGUUAAUAAAUUAGUGUAUAUAGAUA